UUAAGGUGCAAAGACAAGAGAUCGACGGAGGUGGUGUAAAACAUUUCGAUGACAUCUCAUCGAAGUAAUAAAAUCCAACACAGAUACUCACCAUGGACGAGACACAAAUAGAACAUCCCGCGCCCCAAAUCUCAUUUAAGAAAAGAUCGGCCAAAGCAAAAUCCAGCUUCCGCAAGAAAGCUUCCUCGCCUCCUCCGGCCCCAGCCUCCAGCUCAGGCUCCGACUUUUCCGACUCCGAUGAAGAAGGCGGGCGCAGAAUCAAGCGCAGACGAAAGAAUGCCACAGUAACCGCGUCAUCAGCGGUUACAGGUGCAGAGGGUCAGAGAGCCGGCCCUCGUGUGAGUGAUGACGGUGCAAAUCGCAGCUCCACACCCACCGCCACCGCCCCCUUCGCACUUCAGCAAACAAACGACGCAACAAAACAGUCAAACUGGUUCGAUGAAGAACGUGACGAGCAACUGCUGAGCGCAAAGAAUCUACUGGGCAACACCAGAAACAAACCUACUACCGCCGCUGCGUCAAAUCUAGAUGCGGACGGCACAUACCGCGGCACAGCAAAUUACCAAUCCUUCAUCCAAAAGAACCCCUACGCGCCCACCAAGCAGUUCGGCCCCAUCAAAGCCCCCACGAAUAUCAGAACUAUCACUGUUACCGAUUACUCCCCGGACGUCUGCAAGGAUUACAAGCUGACGGGGUACUGCGGCUUCGGGGAUGGGUGUAAGUUCCUUCACGCGCGUGAGGACUACAAGGCGGGCUGGGAGCUGGAUCGGGAUUGGGAGAUUGGAACGAAGGGGAAGAAGGUCGUUGGGCGGACGGUUGCGAGUCGGGCGUCGAAGGCCGGAUAUGGAGAUGGGUCUGCUAAUGCGAAUGCGAGCGGAGGCGAAGACGAGGAUGAGGAUGAGGAUGAGCUACUGGAGAACAUCCCGUUCGCGUGUGUGAUUUGCAAGAAACCGUAUAAGGAGCCGAUUGUUACCAAGUGCGGGCAUUACUUCUGCGAAGCAUGUGCGUUACAGCGGUAUCGGAAGAACCCGUCGUGUGCGGCGUGCGGGGCUGGGACGGGCGGAGUGUUUAAUACGGCAAAGAAGUUGAGGAGGUUGCUUGAGAAGAAGAGGGAGCGGAUUCGAAGGAGGAAGGAGAAGGCGAGGGAGGAGGGGGAGGAGGUUAGUGAUGAUGAUAGUGAGGGGGAGGGGAGUGGCGCGGAAGAUGAGAGCGCAGGCGAAUAGGGAAGAGUUGAUAUAUCUGGCUCAUGUGGUGGUUUCUGCUCACAUGCCUUUUAAAUUCAAGGAUGUAGUUUUUGAUUCGCGGCGUUUGUAUAUAUAUGUGUGGCCUGGAAUUUCGAAGGUGUUGCCAAUGUCAGAUAGAUAGAUGCAUGCCUUCUCUAUAGCUCAUUUCCAUCUUACGAUACAAGCAAACCAUGAGUUGACCAGAUUUCCAAACUUCCAAUCGAGUCUUAGGUACUUUACUUUAGAUACUGAUAUCCGGACUUGUAUAUAAACGCUUACUAUAUUGACUCAGGGCACCCAAGCUGUCCCUGCCGGAAUUACUGAGAUGUCCGGCCGGAUUGUCACACGUGAC